AAUUUACCCCUGUCCUAGAACAAGGCCAAAAGACCCUGCCUUCGCCACUGAUUGAGUUGCUUCUUUUUUAAACUCGAAUAAACAUCAUGUUUCAUACCGAUUUUCUACUUCUGGAUCAAGAGAGGAGGGUCGAGUUAGUAAGAUUUAGACCAACAAAAAUGCACGAGCAUUGUGGAAGAACGAGAAGAAAAGAGAGUUGGUAAUUGGUUAAGUCGUCUGAGAAGAAGACAUGUAAAAUGCAAGUCCAUAACUGUAGAAUUGGUUACAUUUUUCAGUUUAAGGUGAUGAUGAGAAGAUAUUUAUCUUCAAAAGCAGAGAUAAUUUGGUCUUUAUAAGUGAGCAAGGUAUAUGUUAAGGUUUCAUUUGGCUCUUGAUCUCUGCCGUACUAAAAUACUUGAUGAUUCUGACUAUCCAGCCAAAUGACACGUCAUGUAUACCCUAUAUUUUUCAGUCUUCACCUGAUAUUCACUAUCAAGAUUCGUUACCUCCAUUACGUAUUGGUCUUUUUCACGUGUGUGGCUUGCUUAGUCAUUUUGUCCAGUAUUACACUCAGCAUUUGACACAAUCCAGUUGUGUUAACUAGUAACUAUUUUUUUGGGUAAUGGUGACAUAAUAUCAUCAUUAACUUUUAGAAGAAACACGAAGGAGUGUAAAUCAAUAACUUGCUUUGCUUGUGACCCACAACAGCCACGUCCAAUAGUUCAAACUAUUAUUCAAUGUUGUCAGAACCGAACCGGAGCAUGACCCGGUAAUGCGAACGACUCGCACUUUAGUGGUCCAACCGGCAUUAGACCGUUUAAAACCCGUUAAAGAACCGGUACCUAAUAAACGUUAUCAGUAUAAAUAGUGGACAUUUCUUAAUCAAAGCUCAUCUCUUUCCUUCGAAAUUGUGAAAUGGAAAUAAGGAUUCAGUUUAAGAGGCCGACGUUUUUGGUUUAUUUCAAUUUUCAAUUUUCUGCAAUUUUUUUUAAUUAAAUUUAGUGGCUGAGUGGCAAAAACCGGACGAGCGGCUCAAUCGGCUCGAACAGUUAACCGCCUCGGCCGCUCUUCAAUCGCUACAUAAAACCGGAGCGGCUUUUAGACUGUUACGAGCCGGUUUUGUGACCGGAUGAUGGUUUUACCGGUCGGGCCGAGCGGCUCGGCUCGGCUUUAAUAAUAUAACACUGAUUAUUAUCCUUAUCCCAAUCUAGCGCGUUCGCCACGAUUAUACUUAAUGUACAUACAAAGUGUGACGUUUAUAUGAACCGAUCUUGUUAAAUUUCCUUUUGUGUUUUGAUCAUCAUUAGAUCAACACACUGGACUACCACACACAUUAAUCCAAUCAACUGAAGACAUGUACGAGGCGAUCUAACGGUAUCAGUCUGUGCAACAUCUGCCUCGCAACCUUUGGUCUCUACCAAUCCAAAUGACAAAGGAAAAGAACGGUUUUCAAUUUUCAUGGGUAAACUCGAAGUUCCACAAACCCUAAUAAACAAAUAUCCCCAGGGUGCAGGUACCAAAGAGAGGUGGGAGGACAAGAAUUGGGAAGUUGGUCACAUGAACUGGACCGCAACAAAUUAGGAAACAAAGUCUCUCUCUGUAGCCUCAAACCCCUAGAAAAUUUGGCAUUUUAUAUAUAACAUCAGGGAGGGGUUACGGUGCUAAUUGUACAAUAGUUAGCACCGUCCUAACCAAGGGAAAAACUACUACUAGUUUGAAUUAGUAGUGAUUUAGCUUAGAUAUUGUAUUGAUUUUAUAAUAAUCCGUAGUGAUUUUUGCUAGUUAUCACGGUGCUAACUCCUAUAAGGGUUAGCACCUAAUCCCAUCCCAGAACAUCAAGUUAAGUACUAGUUGUUAAAAAUGGGUCUGGAUGGGAAUUUUUCAACGAAAGCAUGAUUAGAUGAGACCAUUAUAAUGCUUUUUUUCCAGCUUAUCUCUUCCUGGUUUCUUGGUGAACCUGUUUUUCUUUUUUUUUCUUUUUUUUUUUUUUUACCAAAAGAAGAGCCAGUUGUCCUUGUAUUAGGGGCAUGCUUCCCUCCAUAAUUGAUGUCAAAAAAUUUUCUUUAACAUUAAGAAACCCCAAUGGAUGUCUACUAGCUACCAAUAACUAGUCUUGGUUUUUCCAUUUUGGUAGAUUACCUAGCUAGGUCUUAGUUUCAUGUUGAAAACAACUAGGGGGUUUUCCUUGUAUCAUUUCUCUAAUUACUAAUUAGGUGACUUAUGCGAUGUUGUAUCUAAUUCCAAUGGAAAAAUUUGUGACCGUAGGAUUGGCUCGUUGUCCAUACUAAAACAUGCUUGUCGCUCUUGAACCAAUGAAGCCCUCUGAUUUUCGUGUUGUUGUUCUUUUGAAUUGCAUUAAUCUAGUUAAGUGCUACCCAUCCAAUCCACGUACGGUAUCUCUAGCAUGAAGGAUAUCUUAGAUGGAUUUUAUCAAGGGGAUCUUCACUCCUAGACGCCAAAAUCUUGCAAGCUGACUAACUAGGUCGCCUACAAGCAAGCUCAUGGUUCUCACCAUCGAGACUCAAUUAAUUAUCUUCUAUCUCAUUGUGCCACUCCCCUGUUCUUUUGCACAUGAUUUUCCGAUGAGCAUACCCUAUUUAACACGAGAAGAAGGGGUGUUAGAUCGUGUUGAUUUUACAACAUAAUAGUCUUUUAACUUGAUAAGUAUGUAAUACCAAAGACAUAGUUUUUUCCACAACAUUUAAACUUUAAUUUUUGUCAUUGCCCAAUUCAAUACUUAACUAACAAUGGUUCUAAUAGAUGUUUCUUAUUCCCCCUCAAAUUUUGUUAAAAAGGAAACUAUAAUUCAAAUGGGUGCUUAGUGAGUUGUGUUUGUCUAUCUAUUGUCACAUUACAAACACCACAUUUUCAUUUUGUUGUCAUGAAAUGAGGAAAAGAAUUAUGGGCAACCUGUGGGAUAUUAGUGGAGUUGUUAGUUGAUUAAUUGCUGCCAUGUUUUUUGAAUGCUGACAUUGCCAAUGUUUUUUAUUUUGAUUCUUCUUUCAGUUUUUCCACCCAAAAAACCGGAUUUCCUAUGUAUGUAGCUUUGUAUUUGUGGCUUUUUUUGGCCAAUCUCCCUUUUCAGUUUUUGUAGUGGGCUGUUGCUGUGCCUACAACAGACCAGAUACCAAGUUCUUGGCCACUAAUUAGAAUAUAUGUCUGGUUUGCUGUCUGUCUUGUCUUUCUCAUAAUAUGAGUGGUCCAUUUUUUAGUCCCAUGGGGUGAAAAUCCAUAGGCAUCAAAAAGUGUGGGGUUUUUUUUAUGGACAUUUAGGAAGUUUUUUUCUUAAGUUGUUAUUGAAGAAAUGUUAUAUACAAGAGGUUCUUAACUAUCUAGACAGGAAAUGGGAGUUAAGUUAUACAAAUGUGGUAUUUGUUUGACUUAAAAAUUCCUCAUCGAGGCAAAUAGAUAUACUAUGAAGUAAACAAUGGUUCGUAUGUAGGGGAUCAAACGUUCAACAUAGAUAGAGGAGGAACUAAACAUAAAUGAGCAAGAGGAUCGAGUGGCGUCCAACGAGACCCUAUAUUGAACCAUCCUAUAUACUAUGGUUGGUCCAAAUGACAGAGUGAGCCCAGGAAAUCUUGAUCUCAACCAUAUGAUUCUUAUAAGAUACUCUAGAAAUUUUAUUAUCAAUGUCACGAAUCACUUGGUAAUUUCGUUCAAUCCAAAGAUUGUCCGCAUCAUUGCAUGUAGUAGUAGAUGGACUAGUCGGAGAUGUCAUAUGUCAAACCUGCUCUUGCUAAAUCUUGAAUGGUUGAUGGGAAAUGUCCAUUGAUACAAAGAAGCUAAUACCACAACUAGCUCGCAAACUGAUAUCGUAAGAUAAGAUAGUCAGUUAAUUCUUCUUCAUUGCGGUCAUUGUUGUAGUUCUAGGCAUCAUCGUUGAAUAGUACCUCACUAGCCAUCUUCCACAAACUCAAAUUCGAAAUAAAAAGACACUUUGCCUCUUCCUAGAAUUAAUAGUGUAAAAUUUCCAAACACGAGAUCUCUAAGACCAUCAGUCUCUCCACAUUGCAACCCAACACUGCACAAAUUUUGCUCCGCUCGCCACUCUGAGUUCCUAAUCCCACAUCUUUGUGCAAUUUACUAGGUUAGAUGGUGGGUUGAAGGGAAAUAGACAUUUUCAUGAUACGUGAUGUAUGAGUCAAGAAUGACAUAUUGGUUGAUAUUGUACAAUAUUACGCAGACAUAUUUGUUAAAACGUUAAUUGCAUAGCAAAUCAACAACAAAAAGAAUGUCAUCUAACCUUUAGAGAUGUUCCUUAAAAAAUAUACAAUCUCCCCAUAAGCAAAGGAAGGUGUUCACCAUGAUUCUCCAAAAUCAAUGUAAACACUAAGAUCUGCAUGGAACAAUAUUUGUUUUUAUAUGAUAAAAAUUAGAGACAAUUUGGCAUUGCAAAACACCCAAAACUUUUCAACCAACACUUUUGGGCCACCGAUUCCAUCCAGCCACAGGUUGGAACCAAAUCAAAAGAAGGCAACAAACCAUACGUACUUUUACUCUGAAUUUCCAACCCCAUGUUUUUUUAAAAACAUGCCUCAUCGACUUGUCCCAAUCUCUGAUUGCUCAAAGAUUGACAAUUACGAAAGAGAUGAUAGCAAUUAGCAAGUGGCUACCAAUCCAUUGGUGAACCCUUAAUCUCCAAAGUCCAAAUUAACCUACCAAAAGGAUUUGUAAAAAAUCGGUUCUUUUCGUGUAGUUCAACUAAGAUACGAGAGAAUCUCAUAAGAAAACAAUGAAAAGAGUCACUGCCCAUACAAAUUUAACUAUACUUAUGUAGAUCACUAUGCAUAAGGGCAUGCAGCUACUUCAAGAAGUCCCCCUUAAUUAACAAAAAAAUAUGUUAGAGAGCUCUUAAGCCAAGGAGAUUGAGCAAAACUAUGAGUUAAAAAUACCAAAACUAGUACAAAUUUUUUGAAGGAGGUGGUGGCAAAUUGGCAUACAAUGGGAGACACAUAAACAGCUCCCACGUUGCCCCUCAUAUCUAUAUUUUUUGCUUUAAUUUCCUCUUUAUUAAAAUGGUCCAAAUGCAUAUGUAUAUCUCUCUUCUUUGGUGGGUUGGGUUCAAAAUCAAACAUAUAUAACAACACUAGCAAGAGAGAGAGAGAGAGAGAGAGAGAGCCAUUGCCCUAUAUUGAAAGGGGAGGAAAUAAAAUUGGGUUCUUUGUACUUUCCAAUGAAUAAAUAUAUCCCAUUUCCCUCUUGUGAACCUCCAUAAAUACUCUUUAUCCUCCAUGCCCUACACUCUCCUCUCCUCUCUGUCUUUGUUACUACACCAAACACCUCUUCCCCUUUGGUAUAGUUUGACAACCAUCAUCAUCUCUCAAAGGAGAGAAAGCUACCUAGCCAAUUUCGAGAAGAAGCUUUCUUUGGAUCAUCAUCAUCAUCAAUCAUGGGAAUUCACCAGAAGCCUACAUGGUUGGAAUCACUGUACCACGAGAAGUUCUUUGCUCCCUGCCCGUACCACGAAUCCGCCAAAAAGAACGAGAAGAACGUUUGCUGUCUCGACUGUUGCACCAGCAUCUGUCCUCACUGCGUCCCCGCCCAUCGCUCCCACAGAUUGCUUCAAAUUCGUCGAUAUGUUUACCAUGAAGUCGUGAGACUCGAAGACCUGGAGAGACUCAUGGACUGCUCGGGCGUUCAGGCCUACACCAUCAAUAGUGCCAAAGUGGUGUUCAUCAAGAAAAGGCCCCAAAACAGGCAAUUCAAAGGGUCCGGGAAUUAUUGCACUUCAUGUGAUAGAAGCCUUCAAGAACCUUUCAUUCAUUGCUCCCUUAGCUGCAAGGUGGAUUUCGUGCUGAAACAUUACAGGGACUUGAGUCCAUUCCUAAAGAAGUGCAAGACGUUGGUCCUAGGACCGGACUUCUUGAUUCCACAAGACGCCGACGACAUGAUGACAAACUCCGACGAGCCGAUGAGCUGGUCGUCCGGCUCCGGUGGCGGCGGCUCCGGCUCGUCGUCGUCCUCCUCGGGGUCGGAAAACAUGAGCAGCAUGAUGAUGGUCCCUCCCCCGGCCUGUCCUCAAAAAAUCGUACGCAAGAAACGGAGCGGGUUGAUCUACGUCUGGUCGAGAUCAACGUCGACGGCGACAAACUACGACGACGGUAAAGUCUCCGACGAGGACAUGGCGACGAGCAUGAGCCGGCGGAAAGGCGUCCCUCAACGAUCUCCUUUGUGUUAACUUGUCGAACUUAGGGGAAGAGGAAAUAACAAAACGAAGAUUAUGAGAUUUUUUUUUUUACAUUUUUAGUUUAAUUUUUUUUCCCUGAGUUUUGACUGAAUUAGUCCUUAAUGAAAUGUUUCUCUCUCUAGCUCUACUCUCUUUCUAGUUGAAAUUUUGGGGGGGAUUAAUAUUAAUUAAUCACUUGGUCGGGGGGUUUUGUCUUAAUGGCAUCACGUGGUUCCCAAUUCCAAGUUAUGGUUUUGUACAUUUUUUUUUUCGAGAGUUAUUCGCCUCUUUCUACAUAUAACAAAUUCACCAGUUAAUCGAAUGAGCUUAUCGAGGACUAUUAAACUUGUACUAUUUCGAUUUUCGCCAUAUUUUCUCGUGCAUUACAUAUUAUCUUAGGUAAUGGUUGUACUUGUCGACCAUGGACGGUCUUAUAGUAUAAUCUCGUAGAAAAGGUUUAUCUAUCUAUCUAUAUUAUAUAUUUUGGUAAUUCAAAAAAAAAUUCUUGCCACAUAAGCAUUUGGAGGAUCCACAAUUUGCCAAGUUGGAUAACUUUUUUACAAACAAAAAAUUAGUUAUUAAUGUAUUUAUGGAGCUACCUCUCUCUUCUUUAAUAUUUCCAUUUCUUUUAUCCAAUUAUUCUUUUUCAUUUAUCUAUUUAUUCUUUUUUGUCUUUAAUAAUAAGUUACAUGUUGAUAAACUUAACCAAACACACAUAAAUAAUAAAUUUUUUAAAUAAACAAAAUAUAAAUAAGAAAAAAGAGAGUGACAUAUAUCACAUUUAUUUAAAUAAAAAUAUUUGAUUAAAACUUAUGAAAUAAAUUUUCUACUCAUUUUUACUAAAAUUCAAUGAUAAGUUACAUUUUGAUGAAAAAAUAGACAAACAUACACAUAAACAAUUAUGUUUUAAUCGAUUAAACCAAAAUAUAUAUGAAAAGAGAGAAAAUAAACAUUUGUCAUUCAAUUACCUUUGAAAAAUAAACUAAAUUACUUUAUAUUUUGUUGCAAUGAAACACUCUCUUAUUCGUACAAUAUAUAUCUAUAAAAUAAAACAGUAUUAUUUAGAAAAAUACCAGAGUAUAAUCUUGAUUGAGUAGUUACAGUUAUUUAUUUAAAAAAAAAUUCUUAUUCAUUCAGAUCAUGUUCUACCUUAAAUUCCUCAAAUGAAGAGGAAUCGCAUGUGCAAUAAUUUGAUAAUGUGACCUAAGUUCACAUUAAUAAUAUUUGCUCUAUAUCAUGUUGAUUGACAAAGCUCUAUUGAAGUUCUAAGUCGUAUGCUAAGAAAUUUUCUUUCAGGCUUGGAGUUAUCUUCGACGAUUAUAAAUCAAAAUUUUCAAAAUGACUUAAGUAUGAUUGUUGACGAACUUUGACUUCAUACCCUAGGAUGAGACACGAGAUUCUUGAAAAAUAAUAGAUGUGAAGGUUAGAAAAAUCUUUGUACAGAAUCUACGAUAAACAUCACGUUUCAUCAACUACUAACAUAGGCAUUUACCAAAUAAAGGUUGGCAAUUUUUAGUAAGAUCGUCAAUUGGGAUAAACAUAUUUAUCCAGCAAUCAAGUAUCUUUAUCCAAUAAUCUCAACUCUCAAAAUUUGUUUUCAGUUCGUCUAGACUCGAGAAAAACGAAUUAAUAUAUGUUGUAUAAGAUAAUAAGUUAAUGCAAAUAAUCAAAUGAAAUACACUGAUAUUGUUCAA